AUGUGAAGAGGAAGAGGAACCUGUCUGAGCUGCAGCUGAUAUGAUUCAACGGCUGUUGGGCAUUUUCUGAUCAGUUUUCAGUUAUUUUUUGUGUGAAGGAUGGAGAACAACGGGGACGAAGUCUGCUAUUCUACAGUCAAUAUCAAAAAUAGCAAACCUUCUCCGACAGACACUGAGGAGGAUUCAACUGUUUACUCUGAAGUGAAACAGAAGAAAGCUGCUCCUGCUCAAACCAGUCAAGAGAAAGAGGAAACAGCAGCUCUCUGUGACUCUCGCCUGAUGCUGGUGUGUUUGGGGAUUCUCUGUGUCCUGCUGGUUGUGAGCAUCACCGUCAUCAUCUACAUGAGCAUGAAGACGACCAUGCAGCAGACAGAAAUCAAUAACCUAAUCAAAGAAAAUGAGCGAGUGACUGAGGAAAAUAAAAUGAUGCAGAACAAAAACAAGGAGCUGAGCCGAGAGAGAGAUGACCUGAACAAGACUCUGGGAUUCAUCCUGAAGUUUGACAACUUUCCUGUAAAAGACUACUGUUCUGAUGAAGGGUGUGAACCGUGCCGGACAGAUUGGAUCCUCUUUCAGGAAAAAUGCUACCUGUUUUACGACAAACCGGCUCCUUGGAAGUCCUGGACAGAAAGUCGGACGUUCUGUCAGGACAAACAUGCAGAUUUGGUUGUUAUUGAUGAUCUGGAGGAGCAGAAAUUUGUCAGCAAUCACACCAAACACUACUAUGACAUUCACCACGGAUACUGGAUGGGGUUACAACAUGUUAACAACAACUGGACCUGGGUGGAUGGACGUACAGACACUCUUGGGUUCUGGAUGAAGGAGGCGUUCGGAAAAUCAAGUCCAGUUGCACUUCUGAUCCCAAAGAGAAAUAUCACAGAGAACUGGAACAAAGCAGAUGAGAUGUUUGAGAACAAAUUCAUCUGUGAGCAUGAAGCUGUUAUUUGGUCCUUCUAACUCUUCUCUUAUAAAUUCCAGACGUUUACAUACACUAUAUAAAAACACACAUGCAUUUUUUGUCACGCUGUCUGAUGUGAAAUCAGAAUAAACUUUUCCUCUUUUGGUCUAUAAUGAUUACCAAAAUAUUUUCUACAACUUGAAUAACGAGUGAGAUUUUUUUUUCAGGCAAUCUUCCCUGUAAAGAAUCAAAAAAUAUACUUUAUAGUGUAUGUAAACUUCCGGUUUCAACUGUAAUUAAUUUUGUCAUCAAUUUUUGUUAAAUGUCAUAAAUAAAAACACAAAGCCCUCUCUUAAAUGCUGUUAAAGGAUGGCUGAAGAUUUUUAAACUGUCUCCAUUUCCUAUAUGCUCAUAUGGACAGACUGUUAAAUAACAUCUCAUCAUUUAGUUUUAGAUUAGUUUGAAGUAUUAUUAAUUUAAAGGCCUUAUGGAUCAUUUGUUCUGUUUAUUCAUAGUUUUAGUUACUUAUUGCUGUUUUUAUUUCAUCAUGCAGCAGCAGUAGCUGGAAAUGUUCAGUAAAAGUCCAGACAAAUAUAGAAAUUAAAUUAUUUAUUUCAAAGAGCUCAUUCAUUUAUUUAUUUUUGUUUGUUUUUUACAACGCACAAAAACAACCUGGUUAUCAUUAGUUUUCAUGUAAAUACUCUGCUGUCAAACAUAUUUAACAUAAACUCAAACCAUCAGUUGAUUCAAAGCAUAAUUUAUAAAAUAAAUAUUAAAUCAGAGGCUUAUUUAACUCAAUGUAAUUCAAGGAGAGUCUGUUUUCAGAGAAUGUGUUUUUCAUUUAAUAUGAAUUGAAUGCUUUCAAUAAGCAAAGUUAAUUGAUUUUAUUCAAACUGUUGCAGUCUUAAAUGCAUCAUUUGUGAUUAAACUCAUUGUUGAAAAAGUUCAAUGAAAUCCCUUUGUUUGCA